AUCAACAACAGAACAUGUUGUUGAUUGUUACAUGAUCAUAAAAUUAUCAUUUACAAUCAACAAUUAGUAAAACUUUUUCAUCUUCUUGUUGUUGUUGUAUUUUAAAUUCAAUCUUCAUUUGUUGAUGUCAAACAAAAAUAAUAACAAUUAAAAGAAAAGUCAACAAUUUACUGAUUAUAUUGAAAAAUUCACCAUCAGUAUCGGAUUAACUAUCAUUGUGAUCAAUUAACAAUAACAAUAUAAUCCUAGUUAUGGUUUUUAAAUUGUUCCAAGGGUUAAAUUGUUAAAGUGUACAACUAAUAAUCAUCAUAACCAAUUAAAUGGAUUAACUGAUUUGUGAGUGUUGACAAUUUGCUUUGGAUUCUAUUUUCUUAUUGGAUUAAAUUGUGUAAUUAUCAUCUCGUUGUUCACCAAAAUGUCAUCAUUAACUUAUCGAAAAUCCUAUCGGGUCAACGAUACCGACUUCGAUUGUCACCAAUAUUGUAUGUCGCUACCUGACCUACGAUUCAAUGGUAAACGUAAACGAAAAGGUUUCUCAUUUAAUUUUCGUAAUUUCCUUUCGUCAUCUCGUCCACAAUUAUCGACCUCAGGCCACAUUUAUCGUCAAAUCGAGUGGAAAGUUUUUGUAUUCACCAUUAUCUUACCAAAUGGAUCUAAACAAAAGGUCGUUGGUCAAAGUGAUGAAACGAUUCGUGAUCUGGUUACACCGUUAAUCAAUUCGUUGGGUAUUAAUCAACCUUGUCUUCGGUGGGUUAAAAAUGAAGCAACAAUUAACAUCGAUGCUAAAGCUUAUCAUCUGGAAGAUGAGGAGAUUAAAUUGUCAGAGGCUUUAAUUAACAAAUCUAUUGGUCAUGAUAAUCGAUAUGGGAUUUUGGAGGAAAUUUAUUUAACUGAAGUUGAUUAUUCAAUUACAUUGUCAAGUCUUAAAGAUGUUUACAUUCAACCAUUAAGAACUUCAUCUUACCUUAAUGAUAAUGAUUUAAAGUUAUUAUUCAAUUGGAUUGAAUCACUAUUAUCAUUAAGCAGACAAUUACAAUCAGAGGUAAAAUCAAUCCUCAAAGGCUGGGAAACUGAUAAAUUGAUCAACGGUAAUUUGUAUCCGAAUCAAUUCUGGACUGAAUACGAUCGAUAUAUUAAAACUUUUCCAAUAAUUUGGAGUUACUUUGAGGCCAAGUGUGAACAAUUUGACUUGUUAAGUGCAUGUCGAAGCUACCAAGGUCCAGUUUUACAUUCGAUUGACCAAUUAUUUUAUUUACCGUUGGAUCGUAUUACACAGCAUGACAAGUAUCUUGGUUGUUUGGUUUCAUCUACAAAUACCGAAAACUCUGACUACAUGGAUCUCUGUCAAUGGAAGGAAGCAAGUAAAAGUAUGGUAAAAGAGAGCUACUCUUUCCUAUUGAGACGAAAAAUGUAUACCUGUGUACAUAAUAACGUGAUUAAUUACAACAAUAGCCAUUCAAAAAAUUCAACGGCCACAACACCAACAGCAACCAAUAAGAGUAACACUUACAACAAUAAUAUUUCAAUUACUCUGGCAAAUAAUAUUAACAACAAUAAUACCAUAAGUAAUAACAAUAAUAAUAUUAAUCAUCUCAACAAUAACAGUAAAAGUGUUAAUAAUAAUAUUACCUCUGCCAUUAAUGGUAAUACAACAACAACAACAACAACCCCUGUUAACCUUGACACUGGUAAGAAGGUGAAAAAAGGUCGUAGGAAAACAAUCAAUUGGCCUUUUAGGAAAAGUGUCUCCUCUAAAUGCUCAGAAUCAUCGGAUACUUUAGAUGGUUCAACAAGUCCAAUAAGCCUGGCGCCCAAUUGUUAUAAUUCAUUAUCUGCAUCACCUUCAUCUUCAUCUUCUUCAUCAUCUUCUUCUUCAUCGUCAUCUUCUUCCUCAUCUUCUUCCUCUUCUUCAUCGUGGUCAUCUUCAUCUUCUUCACCAAACUCUUCUUCCUCUUCUUCGCCAUCUUCUACCUCAAAGAUUUGCCUGAGAAAAUUAUUCGGUCCCGAAAUGAGUGUCCUAUGUAAAGAUCAGGUCACUUUGGUUCCACCGGUAAUUAACCUACUUAAACAACUUUAUAUUAAAGGACCUUCUACAGUGGGAAUUUUCCGUAAAUCGGCAAAUACUCGAAUUUGUCGUGAGCUUAAAAUUAAAUUGGAAGAAAAUCCAAACAUGGAUCUAGAUGAUUAUCCGGUUACUGCAAUUGCCUCAGUAUUUAAGGAAUUAAUUCGUAGUUUACCUGAUGGUUUAUUGGAGAAAAAGUAUCUAGAUGAUUGGAUGUCAGUGAUUAGUUUAAAUUGUGACAAUGAAUUGGAGAAAUUAAUUCGAAUUAAGCAGCUUUUGGUUAAAUUGAAGGCCGAAAAUUUAAUUCUAUUAAAGUAUUUUAUCUGUGUUUUGUGGCACAUCGCACAACAAUCAGAUCAAAAUAUGAUGAGCUCAAACAAUUUGGCCGUUUGCAUAGCACCAAGUCUACUGGCCGAUGAUAGCGAAAUCUCCGUUAAACGGUGUGAGGUGAUAUCUAAAUUAGUACCGAAUUUGAUUACUUAUUUAAUUGACCAUGCUACGGAUCUUUUUGGUCCAUCCAUUACAAAACUGUUUGGUCCAGUAUUAACAAUCACACCUCAAACAAUAUCGACAACAACAUCACCAUCACCAUCAAUGCCUUCAGAGGAUAAUCAUGAUUAUCUACAAAACAACAACAACAACAACAUUCAAUUGGAGGUGGAGGAUUAGUUGUCACUGGUAAACCUCCAACCAAUUCAAUUGUUACCAAUCAUCAUCUUGUUCAUCAACAGCAGCAACAACAACAAUCACUUCAUCAUCCCAACAAUCUUCACCUUGUUCACCAUAAUCAUCAUCUUAAUCAUCAUUCUUCUCAUCACUCACCUCAUGACCAUCAUCAUAAUCCCCAUCAUUUUGACGGUGUUGUAAAGGUCACCUUUGUGAUUUGUAUCUAAAAAACAAACAUAAGAAGAUGAGGAAGAAAAUGAAAAUUAAGAAAAAGAGUUCGUGUUGAUAUUAUAAAGACAUUUUGACAUAAACACCACGGACCUUUUUCAAAAUGAUCGAGUUGGGGACAAAAACGACAAAAUUUAUAUUAUUAACAAUGAAAUGCUUUCAAAAUUAAAAGAGACACAAACAAAAA